GAAGAUUUCUUGAUGGUCGAACUGUCUCGGGCGGACAAAAUAAUUUAAUUUCCUUCCAUUUGGAGGGCUACACAAUAAUUACUUUAUUCGAUUAAUUCAACAAUUAAACAAAAAACUAUCACAUUUUCAAUAAAUAUGCUGCCAAUAAUACUGUGCAAUUAAACAGUAUUACUUUCAGCCCCCGAUUUCUCAUCAGCAAAAUCUCUUCAAAGAAAAGAAUCGACGAUAAAGUUUGCAAUUCGUUGGUUGAGUGAAGAAAAAUUUGUCAGCACGAAAAAAUAAAAAAAAUAAAGAAAAGAACUUUUAGCAUUGCAGCUUGUUUUCACUCAUAUUCGUUUAAUAGAUGUUACAUUAAGUUUUUAAAAACAUUUUUCAUAUUGCUGCUAUAAACACAACCAAGUAGUGGAAUUUAUUUACUUUGUUAAACCACCCAUAUAUGUAAAAUUAAAAAAAUUGCAAAAGCAGAACCAGAAUCGAAUCGUGUGGUAAAUCGUAAAUGAUUGUUCGAAAAAUGAUUGAAACAAAAUAUUGCCAGCAAUAAAAUAUAAAUUCGCGAAUAAAUCAAAUCAAAUUGUUAAGUGGAACACAACAAAAUCAUUUGGUAAAUUUAAAUGUGUUCCGAAAGGAGUUUGGAUAAGAAAUUAAAAUAAUAAAUAACCUGCUGUGGGUUCGCAUUGAAAAGUUGACAAAAGAAAGAAAAAUACAUUCUUAUUGCAAGGGACACUGUAGUGCAAGAAAUCUGUCAUUCAAAUUGCUACCUACCAGAGGAGUGAUUAUCGGUACACCGCGUGCGAUAUCAAUGCAUUUCUGGCAAUGAUUUGUAAAAAGGACGUUAUUUCAUGGUUUAAAGAACUAGAGAGCUAUAAAAGGAUUGACACAAUGUGCGCCCUUUUAAAUAUGUGCCUCCCUUUUGAGCUUCGAUUCCUGGGAACGUGUCUGGAGGAGCUGGGUCGAAGAGAUUCGCAGGAACUGCGUGGCAUAGAGCUGCGAGUUAAUAAUCCCCAGGAUCUAGCUAUUGAUAUGGCGGCUUGUCAGAAGGGUGAACCGACGGACAAAAAGAUUCGACGGAAAAUGGCAUUGUAUUUAGCGCUGAUCCGUGCUUGCAACCGUUCAUGUGUUACGGAGAUCUUUAAGACCCUAGAUGGUUGGGGUCGAAGGGAUUUCACCAAAUUAAAUGAUUCGGACACACUGCAGGAGUUGUUGUUGGUGUAUACAAUGGCAGCGAAUCAUCCUGUCUUUACUUUCGAACAACAUAUGACUUGUGCUGAGAUCUUUGAAAAGAUCAAAGAGAACAGGCUAGUUUGUGAUUACAGAGAGCAACAGCAGUCGAGGCCGGCGACGACGCCAUCAAAUGAACACCAUCACAUGGUGAUGCCUCACCAACAGCAACAUCAAACGAUACAUAUGCACCCUGGACAGCAUCAAUCAAUGCAAGCACCUAUACAAGUGAUAUCACAAGGCAGUAUACCAAUGAGUUUUCCUCAAGCUCACUUGUCAAAGAUGAUUCCAUCUGAUGGUACUCUUCAGCAUCAGAUAACAGUUGACGGUAUAACACAUAUGCUUUCAUCAAAUAUUGCCAUUCCAGCUGAACUGACUCUAGCACAUCCUAAUGCAUGGUCUGUAAGGUCAAAUAUUCAAAAUUAUCCAACCAACCCAGUAGAGCAACACCAUCCACAAUCUUCAUCUCCGAUGUUAAGUCAGCAAUCAUCUCCUUCAAACAGUCGUGCUGCAAGUCCAAGUCGAACAAGUGGCAGCACAAUGUUUCAAGGACAGCAGCAGCAGCAGCAACAGUCGAUGCAGCAAGUACGUAAUUUGCAGCGAACUGGAUUACCGCUUAGAACUGUAAGAAGACCAUCGACAGAAACAACUCCUCCGCCAGCUAUGCAACCACAUCAGCAAUCAAUCAACAAUGAGAUGAUUGCUCCUCAAAGCAUUAAAAACAUGGAAGAGGGAAUGGCAAAUAGUGAAAGCUCUAUGACACAGCUUCAGGCAUUAAUUCGCAAUGGCUAUGCUCGACCUGGAAACCACACUCUCCCGAGGUUAUCAAAGUCAGCAAUAAAUUUACAACAUCACAGCCAAAUCCAACAACAGCAACAGCAACAUCAGCAGCAACAACAGCAUCAGCAGCAGCAGCAGCAACAACAGCAGCAGCAACAACAACAACAUCAUCAGCAACAACAACAUCAGCAUCAGCAACAUCAACAGCAGCAAUUAAAUCAACACUUUCAGUCGCUUUCGUCUAGUAACUUUGGCAUAAGUUCAAGUUUAGCUUACACGUUGCAGAAUAUGUCACUGGUCGAGGGUCAACACCCCCAAAUGGAAGGCAGUAUGAUGUCGGUGAUGAAUCAACAAAAGAGUGCUGGAAGCGAUUCUGGCAGUUCUAUUGGAUCCUCAGGUGAUAUAUCACCUCCCGAAACACCUAGCUUGCUCGGUAAUAAUAGUGGGAUAGGAAGCAUGAAACUUAGUGAGCAGCAAAAGCAAAAACAACAACAGCAGCAGCAAUUGAAUUAUAACAAACAAAUAAAUAUUGCCCGAAUAAAUGGCCGAUCUGAUAAAUUAUUGCCAAUUAGUGUUGGUUCUAAUACCGGUUCUGCAGCACUCAUAUACCCACCUGCUACUAGUCCCCAACAGCAUUAUUUAGGAAACGAUAUCAUAUUGAGCAGUGGUCCCAAUAUAAUGCAAUCUUCCCUGACAAAUAAUAAUCAAGUUGGUGGAUCGGGAAAUGAAGGUGUAGGUUCGGCAGUGGUUUGCAGUGGCGGAAUAUCGGCCAAUAAUAACCUUGGAGCGAAUACAGUGCUGAUAACGUCGCCAUCGGCGAUAAACCCCACUACUGGCGGUGUUAUAAGCAAUGUUAUCACUUCGAAUUCGGUUAUUUUGCAACCGGCGCAGCAUCAGCAAUAUACGGCCGCACAUCCCUACCAUGCCCAGCACAUAGCCUCUACGACGCGACCGCCAAUUAUACCCCAUAGCCACGGAAUAGCUGGACCAUCGCCACAUGGAACUUUUCGCUUGCCCUCCUUUCAAAUUCCACCAAACGGAGAAUUAAUAUAUCCGUAUCAUCCAGCCGGUAUUGCAUUUUUAUCGGGAACGGCGCCACCUCCUACAGCUGUGGCAGCUGUCCGCUCUUCGCCUACAACUUCUGUACCUCCCCCGACUACAACGAAUGUUAUUCAACUGCCGCAACCACCAUCACUUCAGCAACAGUCAGUGCUGCCUCAGGCUCAAACAAAUCCCCCUCCACCCAGUGCCGCGCUCUUGACCACGUCGCCUUAUACAUCAUUAACAGUAGGAGUAAGCAAACAAUUGUCUUGUUACAACUGCGGCUCACAGACCCACAAUGGACGCGAUUGUAAUGAAGCGUCAAUGGAAGAUGUCACCAGAGGCGCAAUAUACAAGUUAGACUAUUCAGUUUCUUCAUCAGUUUCGCCCACAGGACCACAAACAAGUGCAGAAAGUCUAACGGGAAGUAAUAGCAAUUGCAUUAGUUGCACACAACAGUCCAUGACAACCAUCGAAAUGGGCGCCGAAUCUACAUCUCCCACAGCUUCAACGUCAUCGUCGUCUUCGUUAUCGAAUAGCAACGUUAAUCCGAAGUGAUCAUUUUAUAAUUUUUAUAAUAAGACUAUAAUACUAGAUGAGGAAUAAAAUAUACCUAUAUAAUUAGUUUUUCAUCAAACAUAAAAUAUGUCCAACGUCAGUUGUUAAAAAAAAAGAUUAUCUAUUAACUUUUAAUUCGUUAUUUUUUCUUUUCUGUGUGUCUAUGGAAAAAAAUAAGAAAAAAGAAAAUAUUUGUGUACAUUUAAUCGAAGGCAGAAAUCAAAUUUCUAACUAUCAAUAAGAUGGCAAAAAUAAUGAAAUAUUUUUUUAAAUUUAUUAUUUUCUGUUAAAAUAUAAAAUAAGUUGCUAAAAUGUAUUUGGAACGAAGUUUUACGUGUGCCAUUUUUAGACAAUUGUUAAAAAGUACAUGAUUUUUACAACAACAAUAUUUAAACAAAAAACAAAAAUAUAUAUAUAAAAAUAAAGGCAGACGUUUCUAUAAUGCGCACCACAGCAGCAUAUUUAAAAUACAACUCAUCUUUAACUUCAUGUAAUAAGAACAAAAUUAUACAGAAAAUUAAAAAAAAAAAAACAAAAAAAAAACAGUGUUUAGCGUAAUGCUAAUAUAGCGUACAACAACUUACUUAAAUUUUAAAUACAAUUAUUAAAUGUAAAAAAUACUUAUAUUAAAAAAUAGGAAAGAAAGUUAAGAGGAAAAUAAAUACAAAAGUUAAAUUAGCUUGCAAACAAUAAAUAAAAUAAAUUUUAAAUGACUUGCUAGAUCUUAAGCGAUAAGAAAAACGUACUUUUUGACAACAUACUAUUCAUAUUAACAAAACCAAAAUAGAAAAUUAAUAAUUAAAUUACUUCGACUGA